CUACCUAAUGCUACCAGAUCCGUACAAUCCAAUUGUGGAGGGGCAUAUAUGGAAGACUGGUUUUUAUCACAUUUUUCAAAUUGGAGUUGUCCAAUGUCAGUCAGCAUUGAUUAAUGCUCUAGUCGAGAGAUGGCGCCCCGAGACUCACACAUUCCAUUUGCCGGUUUGUGAGUGUGUUGUGACGUUAGAGGACGUGGCACUAAUUCUUGGUCUUUCGACGAAUGGUCUGCCAAUUACAAGACCGAGUCUCAGUAGUUUUGAGGCCAUGGAAGCCGAAUGCUUGGAUCAAUUUAGUGUUGUACCUAUGAAAUCAGAAUGUCAAGGAAGUUUCAUAAAGUUAACGUGGUUCCAAGGACUGAAAGAUCGUUUAGUGUUGGCCGAUGAUAUUCACAUUCAGAGGUACGUCAAGUAUUACAUAAUGUUAUUAUUUGGGACAAUUAUGUUUGGAGACAUGUUUGUGACAGCUGUGCGCUGGAAGUUUCUGCCGUUGCUCCGUAACUUUGCUGGGAUCAUACAAUUUAGUUGGGGAUCGACAUGCCUGACACACCUGUAUAGAGCAUUAUGCAGGACAUCAUGUGUCGACUGCAAGGAAGUUGAUGGUCCAUUGACACUGUGGCUUACCUGGGCUUGGAUCCGUCUAUCAUUUCUCGCGCCAAUUCCUGGCAAUCCUCGACUGUUUCCGAUUAGGUGACGCAACUGGGAUCGUUAUAAUCGGUCUUACAAAUGAGUUCCGUCUACCUACACGAAUAUCAAGAACCAAGUCAUCUCCCUGGUACGCAGGCAUCGUUUCAAAAUGAACGACUGCUGAUGACUCCUUGUGACACAUGGCCUCGAACCAUAUAGGCAAAGCUUCGUACGAAGUUUUCCAACCUCCAAAAAUUAACUCUACUGCCUUUUGAUUUGCCA